UGACUGUCUUGCAGUAGGGGUGGCCUCAUUCUUGCCUGCCUUCGUUUUGCAGUCGGUACCCCGCCUUUUUCACGGGGACACUUACGAGACGCUUGCUGAAAUUCUUCGGAGCAGCGACCUCUGUCCGAUAUCCCCUGUCUGGUUCCCCGACUCCUGGCGAUCCACACGUUUCUAGACCACCCGUCACUUUCAGUCCGAUGUGCCACCCGUGAACGGGUAUUACUUAUUCUCUGCUAGUCUCCUUCUCGACUCUCCCUAUCGACUCUAUCCCUCUUUUCCAGUAAGAUCAAAGGCUCUUGGCCCUUGACCUAUAGCCAGCAUGAAGGCAUCUUUGCUGGCGUGGUCUCUCCUUUCUCUCCUUUCCAUCCCGACGUGGGCUCUGUCCGCCAGUGAUGCCUCCUCGAAGCACCAUCUCGUGAAGAGAGACAGCUCAUCCGAAGCCAAAUCCACUCUCUUCAAUGGCAUCGAAGUCCCGCCCAUCAAAUCUCUGACCCCUGAGGACUUCGACGAAACGGUUAAAGAUGGCUACUGGUUUAUUAAAGAGUACUCGCCAUCAUGUCCGCACUGUCAGAAGAUUGCGCCCACUUGGCAGACACUCUAUGAGUUCUACUAUACCUCGGAUCCCUUGUCCUCGUCCUCUGGAAAGUCUUCCGAUACCAAGUCCUUGAACUCCUUUGAUAAAUUCUACAACUUCCACUUCGCAGAAUUAAAUUGUCUUGUGUACGGUGACCUGUGCCACAAGUUGGGUGUGAAAAAUUUCCCCACCUUCGCUUUGUUCCACAAUGGCGAGAAGGCCGAGGAAUUCAACGGGAAGAGAAAUAUGCAAGGCUUGAGCGACUUUGUUGAAGAGAAGCUCGAACAAAUAAAACCUGGAUCCCGACCUGCACAAGGCUUGAUUUUGCCCAAGCCAGGCGACACAAGCGUCGACACCAAAGCCCAACCUGACACUCCUGCAGCCAAGGAUAAAGAUCCUGAAGCUGGGGUAAAGGCUGGCGAGAAGCACAACGAGCAGGCUGCGGAGCUCGCCGCUAGCGAUUCCGUCAUUGCCAAGGAUACCACGGAAUCCAAGGUCAAGUCUUCUGGCCCGAUAAAUCCUCAGGGCAUUUCUGUUCCUCUCACGGCGGAAAGUUUCCAGAAACUUGUCACUACUACGCAAGACCCUUGGUUUAUUAAGUUCUACGCUCCCUGGUGUGGCCACUGUCAGGCAUUGGCGCCUAACUGGCAAGAAAUGGCCAGGGAGAUGCAGGGUGUCCUAAACGUCGGAGAAGUGAACUGCGAUGUUGAAACUCGGCUUUGCAAGGAUGCCAGAGUCAAUCAAUUUCCCACAAUUUAUUUCUUCCGUGGCGGUGAAAGAGUGGAGUACAAUGGUCUACGUGGUCUAGGUGAUCUAGUCAAUUAUGCCAAGAAGGCCGUCGAGAUCGGCUCUGGCGUGCAGGAUGUGGAUGCUACCACUUUCAAGGAACUGGAAGAGAAGGAAGAUGUUAUUUUCCUAUAUUUCUAUGAUCACGCAACCACUUCUGAGGACUUCAAGGCUCUUGAGCGUCUGACCCUAAGCCUGGUCGGCCAUGCCAGACUCGUGAAGACAAGCAGUGCCGCUCUUGCCGAAAGAUUCAAGAUCUCCACCUGGCCUCGCCUUUUGGUGUCUCGUGAUGGCCGCCCAAGCUACUACAAUGCGCUUGCUCCUAAGGAUAUGCGCGACUUCAGGCAAAUCCUGGGUUGGAUGCGGUCUGUGUGGCUUCCUAUUGUUCCUGAACUCACAGCGUCCAACGCUCGUGAGAUUAUGGAUGGGAAAUAUGUUGUUCUAGGUGUUUUGAGCCGUAAGCACUCUGACGAGUUCUUACAGUCUAAGAGAGAGCUUAAGAAUGCUGCCCAUGAAUGGAUGGACAAGCAGGUUCAAUUGUUCCAGCUGGAGCGCGCUGAACUUCGGGAUGCCAAGCAGCUGCGGAUCGAAGAAGCCGAGGACCGCAAUGACCAGCGUGCACUCCGCGCUGCUAAGAACAUGCGUAUCACUAUCCGCGAGGAUGACAAGAAACAGGUUGGCUUUGCCUGGGUUGACGGUGACUUCUGGGAGCGGUGGCUUCGAACCCAGUUUGGCAUCGAUGUGGAGAACGGUGAGCGUGUCAUUAUCAAUGACCAAGACAACCGACGCUACUGGGAUACUUCCUCCAGCGGUGCAUCCAUCAUGGCUUCUCGUACCUCGAUUCUGGAAACUAUUCCUCUUGUGAUUGCGAACCCGCCCAAGCUCACUCCCAAAUCUACUAUUGGCACUUUCGAGUCUAUUUUCUUUUUCACUCGUUCUUUCAUCAGCGGACAUCCCAUCCUGUUCGUCAUUAUCUUGAUCCUCUCCAUUGUUGGGGCCACAUUUGUGGCGAGAGGCAGAGCGGCGAGACGUGGUGGUCGGGGCGGUAUUCUUGGGGUGACUGGCAAUUCUAGCGGAGGAUUCUUUAACCUGGAUGGUAAGGAAGGUCUUCUGAAUGGUGGCUCCACGGGCAAAGUAGAUUAGAUCGUGGGAAGCAUUGGUGUUGUACAGUCAUCUUCCUUUUCUUUCUCUUUCUUCUUUACUCAAUAUUUCUUCUUCAAUUUUAUUUUGGUGUCUAUUCUAGGCAUAAAAUCCGAUGAGGCUGGGUACUUCUUCUAC